AUGUCGAUGUCGAUCCUUUCGGCAUUGGAAAGCAUCACAUGCGGAGCUCUUUGGAUCAUUCCUUUGUACACCGAGCUGCGCUUUGGGCUUGUCGUGUACAUGCUGUUCUUCCAGGGCGGCAAGAAGGUCUACGCCGUCGCCAUUGAACCGACAUAUCAGAAGGCCAAGAAGAAGCUCCCAGACGAGCUCCUUAAGGAGCUGGACGAGGACCCCCAGAAGUUUCUGCUCUCCAUGGGCCAAAAAGGCAAAGAAAUGGCGAUGCAGUUGGUCGAACAGCUGAAGGCAAAGAGUGCCGAAGCUGCUUCGGCCCCGGCGAAAGAAAAGAAGAAGGCAGCAAAGGCCAAGUGA